UUCCAUUUUUCAGACCCACCUCGGGACUUUUCCUUCCCUAUUUAGGGAGCCACUUCUUGAAAAGCAAAGCACACACAAUGGCUUUGUUCCUCUCUAUUUGCGUUGCUCUCCUUUUCUCCUUUUGCCAUGGCUUAGCUAAUGCUGCCAUUCCACCUCCACCUCUUGAUGGACUUGUUGAAAAUGGGGAUUUUGAAGAGGCACCAGCAAAAUCAAACCUCAAGAAAACAGUGAUCAUAGGAAAACACUCACUCCCAAAAUGGGAAAUCAAUGGCUUAGUAGAGUAUGUCUCAGGUGGGCCACAACCAGGGGGAUUCUUCCUAGCCAUUCCUCGGGGGGUCCAUGCAGUGAGGCUGGGCAAUGAGGCCUCUAUCUCUCAAAUUCUUACUGUCAAACCAGGCUCAGUCUAUGCACUCACAUUUGGAGCCACCAGAACCUGUGCUCAAGAUGAAGUGCUAAGGGUCUCAGUCCCUGGCCAGUCAAGCGACCUCCCUCUUCAGACCUUGUAUAGCAGUGAUGGUGGUGACACUUAUUCCUUGGCUUGGAAAGCUACUUCUAAAGCUGUCAAGGUCACAUUUCAUAACCCUGGUGUUCAAGAGGACCCCUCUUGUGGACCUCUAUUGGAUGCUAUUGCAAUCAAGGAGCUGCCACCUCUCAAGCGUACUAUUGGCAACCUGGUUAAAAAUAGUGGCUUUGAAGUUGGUCCACAUGUGUUCAAGAACUUCUCAACUGGAAUCUUGAUCCCUGCCAAACAACAAGAUCUAAUCUCACCACUCCCCGGCUGGAUCGUUGAAUCUCUCAAACCUGUAAAAUACAUUGACAAGAAGCACUUCUUUGUUCCCUCAGGAUUUGCCGCGAUUGAGAUGGUAGCUGGGAGAGAGAGUGCCAUAGCACAAGUCAUUAGGACAAUUCCUAACAAAUUUUAUAACCUCACAUUUACAAUUGGAGAUGCAAAGAAUGCUUGCCAUGGAUCUAUGAUGGUUGAGGCUUUUGCUGCCAAGGAAACUGUCAAAGCACCCUAUGUUUCUCAGGGAAAGGGUGGAUCCAAGACUGCAAGUUUAAGGUUCCAGGCAAUUUCAGAAAGGACAAGGAUUACAUUUUACAGUUCAUACUAUCACAACAAGAUGCACGAUUAUGGUCAUAUGUGUGGCCCUGUCUUGGAUGAUGUUAGGGUGUUUCCAACUCACUGACGAGUUAAAGUUUGGUGGUAACCCAAAAUUGUCAUGAGUAAAUUCUAUAGGUAAUUAGAGGUUUGUAAUUGUCCGUGAGAAAGAGUUUAUUAAAGUGAAAUGGGUGUUAGUUUUUUUUCUUUUUUUACCAAAGAGACACUUGAGAGGACAUGGAUGCUAGUUGAGUUGCAAGCUUAUUAGCUUUCUUAAAGCUUUUUAAACAGAACAAAUAAAAGUGAUACUACUAUCUAUAAA